AGAGAAAGCAGUUGGAAUAGGGUGAGCUGGAAUAGCGGGUCACUCUCAGUUGAAGGAUGAAGAGAGAUCGGGCGUGUUCUUCCCUUCGCGUGGACUGUGAGGGUCUGUGAGUCUCUGGACAUCUAUAACGCGCAUUUCACCCAGCAUUUCAGUCUCCGCGCAGGAACACGACAGGCUGACACUGAUGGGCUGGUUGGGCAUUUGGGCUAUGUCCGUCCUGUUCGGAUCUUCCCUAUGGCUGGCUUAUGGAGUCCGAGCCAGCACUGGAACCAGAACUACAAUAAAGGAGGUUCAAGAGGGACUUCAGCAGUUUGGAGGUGCUGAAAAUAAGGUCAAGAAAAAUGAGGGUCCAUGCUGGAGGACAUACUGUGGCCGGGGUCGGGAGUGUGUGGUCAGGGAGGUAACAGGCCGUGCCGAGUGUGUGUGCCAGGAAAGCUGCCACACUUCAUUUGUGCCUGUGUGUGGCUCUGACGGACGCUUUUAUGAGAACCACUGCGAGCUGUACCGCACUGCUUGCCUGCAGCGGAGGAGAAUCUAUGUGGUCCACAGCAAAGACUGCUUUUUCAAAGGUGACACGUGCACCAUGGCAGAGUACAACAAGCUGAAGGGCAUGCUACUGGACAUGCAACCCAGAACCUCCUCGGACGGGCAAGCAAAUGCCAUGGACCAGAGGAAGAUCCUGGUGGACACAAUGUUCAAGUAUAUAGACAGAAACCAGGAUGGUCGCCUGAGCAGUGAGGAGCUGGCAGAGAUUUACAUAAAGGAGCAUUUGGACAAUAUCUUACUGGAGUGCACCAUGCAAGACCUCCUGCGUUACGACGCUUACAACAACGAUGGUCACCUGACCCUUCAGGAGCUCUACACAGCCUUCCAGGUCAUUCAGCUCAGUCUAGCUGAAGACAAGCAUCUGAGCAUCACAACAGUGACCGUCGGCCUGAGCGCUGUGCUGUCCUGUGCCAUUCAGGGCACCCUGAGACCGCCCAUCAUCUGGAAGAGGAACGGCAUCAUCCUCAACUUCCUAAAUCUAGAAGAUAUAAAUGACUUUGGUGAUGACGGCUCGCUCUACAUUACUAAGGUGACUACGAUUCACAUGGGGAACUACAGCUGUCAUGCGGACGGCUAUGAGGAGCUGUCCCAGACCCACGUGCUCCAGGUGAAUGUGCCUCCAGUAAUCCUGGUCUAUCCAGAGACUCAAGCCCAGGAACCCGGCGUCGCUGCCAGCCUGCGCUGCCAUGCAGAUGGUAUUCCAAACCCUAAACUCACCUGGCUGAAGAACGAGCUGGACCUGCAGCCGCACGGAUCCAAGCAGAUUUCACUUCUCGCGAAUGGCAGUGAGCUUCACAUCAGUAGUGUGCGUUAUGAAGACACUGGAGCUUAUACCUGCAUCGCUAGAAAUGAGGUCGGUGUGGAUGAAGACAUCUCAUCUCUGUUUGUGGAAGAUUCGGGACGCAAGACACUGGCCAACAUUCUCUGGAGGGAGGAAGGGCUCAGUGUGGGGAACAUGUUCUAUGUGUUCUCCAGUGAAGGGAUCACCAUACUGCAGCCCGGCAACUGUGAGAUUCGUAGACGCAUCCCAUGGACAGAGAUGAUUCUGGGUGGUUAUGACGAACUGUGUCCCAGAAGCACAGGUGUCUCUCAACAUGAGUGUGUAUGGGCGUCAGCGGUCAGCGUGAGGGACAAGUACGUGUACGUGUCUCAGCCGCUUCAGAACAGACUGCUGCUGAUCGACACACAGACGCAGAGAGUCGUGCAGGCUGUGGAAACGGACGCCAUGCCCGUCAAACUCUUCUACGACAAAUCUCACGAUCAGCUUUGGCUGUUGAGCUGGAGAGACCUGCUGAAGUCCCGCUCUACACUGCAGGUGAUCACUUCUGCCAGCGUGGUGGAGCAGCGUCAGAUCGUCCGUGCUCCGUUUGAAAGAGUGGAGGACUUCUACAUCCCUCCCACCAACCUCAUUAUCACCCACGUAAGGUUUGGCUUUGUCUACUUAAAAUCGGAGCCUGCAGUGCAUAAAAUCGACCUUGAGACCCUCCGCCUCAUCAAGACCAUCAGUCUGAAGAACUACAGCUGUAUCCCAGCCAGCAUGGCAUACACUCAUUUAAGCGGUUACUAUUUUAUCGAGUGCCAAGUCGAGGACCGUUCGGGUCCAAGCUCACAGCUUCUCAUCGACAGCGUAAGCGACACGGUCAUUGGACCCAAUCCCAACAUCAACGGCCAGCCGUUCAUCUCUCCAGAUGGCCGCUUCAUCGUCUCUGUAGACAAGCGGCGCGGAAAGCUCCAAGUCCAGACCAUCUCCUUCAGCGGCGAGCUGCGGACGAGUCACGAAGCGGACGUCUCAAUUCCCCUCGCAGACUUGGAGUUUCAGCCGUCCUUCACAGAGGCCAACCAGUACAUGAUCGUGGCCUCUUCAGCGCAGGGCUCCAAGCUGGUUUUCUCGGACCUGGCAUCAGGAAGAAUGAAAGCCCUCAAGAAUGUCAAGGAUCCAAUUCCGGCCACCAGCUGGCCUUGGGGAGACGCCAACAGGGUUGUGGUCUCCAGCGGGGUGUUUGGACGCUACUUGGUCACGUCGUCGGCUGAGUCCCUGUUCGUUCUGGAUGGCAAACAGAGCAGCCCUCACUGUGAGGUGUCAGACGUCAAGAGAGGGAACACAGUGGUCUGGGUGGGUGAAGUUUGAACGGCGUACCGCGGGCCGGUUCUGCAGAGGAUUGCGCCGGCCGACUCGGCCAAAGCUUGGAAAUCCUUUAAGGGAUGCGAAUGGACUCGAUCCUUGUAGUGAGUUAAAAGAACACAUGCGGGUUUCUGUAUAGGUACACACACAUUCAAUGACAAGAAACCUUAAACAACAAGGGAAUGAACGUAGACACCCUUCAGUGCAACAGUGAACUAAUUUGAGUUUUUUUUGCACUUCCUUGUUAGCAGAAAUAGCGUUAAGCAGCAGACCGGUUAGGUGAUGACUGAACUAUGCACAAUGCUUUUUAAAGUAGGAGUGGUUUUCUUUUUUUCUCAGUGUGUUCACUAUAGUCACUGCAGGAAAUGUGUCCACAUCAGCAUCAUGUCUCAUUUUUGUCAGUGUAGAAAGCCUCAUCCCACUGUUUCCAGAAUUCAACAACUUUUGUUUUACAGUUAUUAGUACAUCACUUCAUAAUAAUAAACAUGUUACAGUAAUAUUUUUUCCAUUUUCCUUUUUGUAAUGAGGUGAGUACUUUUUGUCGUCCUCAAAGAUCUCUAUGUGUGUGUUUUGCAUUUUUGUGGAGCUACAUUUUGGGUACACAGUCAUCCCCAAAUGUUUGCUAAAGCUGACCUCCCCUUGGGGACAUCAUAUAGGACAAAUCCUACAAUAAAUCUUUGUUUUUUAUUUAAAUCAUUUCUUUUAGAAAUAGGAUUUGUGUUAGUGUGUGUUGUUCAGGUUUUCAUCAAAUGUCCCCCACAAGGAUAAAAACCCAUUGUGUGGAGCAGGAAAAUGGUUUAAUAAACCUACUACAUUAUGUCUUAAUGAAAAUGCCAAAAUGCAGAGGUUUGUGUAAAGGCUUAGGGGAUAGAACAUAUCAUUAGCUCAGUUUAAAAACAAUAAAACUCAAUGGAAACGCCUGCAAUGAAAGAAAAAAUUGUGUGUGGAUCUUCUUUUAGCUUUUUUUGCAUCAGUUCUGUCUGAGCACAAAAUUUCGUUUUAUUAAAGUAAUCCUACAUUGAUGUAUUACAUUAAAAUGCGAAGCCCGAGAAUAGAAUAGCAAACAACAAUAAAAGAAAUAUAUAUUCUUGUUAAAUAAAAAUAGACUGGCAAUGAGUCCCACUGUGCUAAAAAAAACUUAUCUAGAGCAUGAAAAGCAACAGAAAACCUUCAGUACAUUCGACACACAUGAACCAAAUUAGAGCACUGUUGCACUGAACAGACUAUUAUCACUACUGAGACAACCGCAAGCUCAGCUUUAAAUCAUCCUGUUCGACACAAAAUGUCUAAACUGGCAUUUUGAAUGUGCUUUCAAACUCAGUCAGAUAUGCAUGACUACAAUAUUACUUUAGGAAGCCAGAUGGUUAGACCUCAAUGAACAUUAAACUGGACACAGAUCCGACCAAUUUAAGGCCCAAACAAAUCAAAUUAAACUCAGUGGGCUAACAACCGCUGAAUAAAUGUGCCCUGCAUAUAGUUUAUUAACCAUAGAGCGAUUUGAGUUUG